UUUUUUUUUUUUGACCAAGUUUACAAGGGUAGGUAUCGAAUCCACCAUGGGGGAAGGGGGAAAUGCACUGCAAAGCAGCCAUAAGGCCGCUGCCUCUGCGCUCCUAAUUAGUUACAAGAAAUUGAAGUAUUUUUUAUGAUACAUGGAUGUGACUUAGGUUACUGCGAGUGGAUCAGUCAUUACUGCAGCUGGAUGUAGCUCCAAUGGUGUUACCGUGGUUGUAUGGAUACUUUGGCUCCACCUGCAACCUCUCGUGCUUCUAUCAUUGGCCAUGAUGGUGGUGCCUGCUCCAUUUCUGUGUUCAACAAUGACAUUGGGAGUGGUUCUGUUUCUCCCAUUAUUGUGAUUGGUGGUAAAAAUGGUGACAUCGGACUUCAUGACUUCCGGUACAUAGCUACCGGAAGAACCAAAAGACACAGGUACCGUGACAGUGGUGAACCAAGCAGCAACACAUCUAAUGCAGACACACGGACCCAAAUUUCAGAUCAGAAUCUGAAUGGAAUGCUAUGGUACAUACCAAAUGUACACAAUUUCUCUCUGAUUCUGAACCACCCAUGAACCAUUUACUUCUCUAAUGUUUAUAUGAUAUGAUCGGAAUGAAGGGAGUAUCACCAAGAUAUCGACCAUACCAAAUACCAGUUUGUUCUCAACGGGAAGCAAAGAUGGCGAUGCCAAAACAGCCAAGAUGGUGUGCAUCACUAGUCGAAAUUGCACGACAGACACACAUUUCUACAACCAAACUCUCGUGGUUUUGGUGGUAUUGUCAGGCGGAGAUGGCUCCGUAAAGCUGGUUCAGCUCAAAGAUCAUCCACAUUAGACCUGAAAGUUGCCUCUCGAUCAGAGCAAUAGAGAAUGAAACUUGACAGAAAAUGAAAGCGGGGCUCCACAAGCUUACUUCCAUCAAUGGAGCCCGUCGGGGGAUAAGGAUAUGUUUAGUGCACCUUGCUAGAGUUUUUAGUUUUAGAGUAUUGUUUAUGAGUAAUAAGUUUAAAUUUUUAUC